AUCUGUUAUAUGUUGAUAUUACAGCAAGGAUUAACACCAUUGUUGUUCGCUGCUUACAAAGGACACCUGGCGAUUGUGAAAUAUCUGAUCACAGUUGGCUGUGUUAGAGAAACAAGAUCCAAAGUAUUGGAUGGAAAAAAUGCUUUACAUUUGUCUGCUGAGUAUGGUCAUUUACAUGUCACAAAAUGGCUGAUAAAAGAGGGAGGAAUCAGUCCCUUGGAUGUGACAUACCAGGGUAAAACUCCUUACCAGCUGGCUGCAGAAAAAAACGGACAAGAUUCUAGUGAAAAAAGAAAAGAAAAGAACGAAAUAAUGGACUUUCUCAAGACUGUCAUGUCAACAGAAAAGAAAAAUGUCAGCUCAAAAAUCCCACAGCAGAAAGGUCUUUUACAAGUCCCCACAGGCCCUAAAGAAGAAGUACAGAUCUUUUCAGAUAAGGAAUUUAAAGGUCUGCUAAUGAGCGGGGCUUACAAAUGCUUUUGGAAUAGAAUUUUUUUGACUGGUCCAUUUGCCGUGGGUAAAACGAGUUUAGCUAAAAUUUUGGUUGGAGACGAGGCUCCAGAGGAACGGAAAUCUACGGACGGUAUAUGGAUAUACCUGGGAAGGGCUGGUAUGGACAUAAAAGAACGUUGUUGGAUUUUCCUAAAGCAUGGAACCAUAUUGAACGCAACAGUUCAAAGCUUACUCAGGAGUAAAGAAGUGACAGCUACAGCAGGUGCUGUUAAAUCAGUUGACGACAUAGAAGAUCCAGGUGCAGUAAAACAUAGCGAGGAGACGAAGAAUCAAGAUGAUGUUACAUCUAUUCCGGAUGCAGGUGCAAUAACACAAAGCAGGGACAUGUCAAACCCAGGUGCUCUUAAUUCUCAGGACAAUAUUCCCCGUGCUGUCAAAAAGAAGUCAAAGCUCCAAGCUUUCCUUGAUCUCCCAAAUCGAAUACAGAAAGCAUUUAAAGGUAAAACACCCUCAAAUAUUGAAACUCCAGAUGACACACGUGCAAAGAUGGAGGACACUAAGAGAGACGAGAACUUGACUGCCAUAGAUAUGUCAGAACAGGACAUUAUCAAGCUUGUCCGUUCUCAAUGCCAUAAAGGGGACUACGAAAUGGUAAUUGUACCUAUAGAUUUGUGGGAUUUUGGUGGUCAAAAAAUCUACCACAUGACCCACCAACUUUUCGUUACUAGCAGAGGUACAUUUCUGCUGAUCUUUAAUGGCAGCAAAGAUAUACAUGAAGACAUACCAGAUUAUACAGAACUCCCCGGAUGUCAGGGCCAACGGAACACAGCAGUAUAUCUUAUCCAUUGGGUCAAUUCCGUUCUCACAUAUUGCAAGACGUUUGCUGAAAAUGAAGAGUACCCGAAAAUUUUGUGUGUGGCAACCCACAAAGAUCUAGUCAAGGGUGAUGUAGAAGAGCAGAGAUGUUUAUUGGAAAACUCAAUCGAAGCACUCUUUCAAAAUCAUGGAGGGAAAAAACAUCUUCAAUAUAAACCACUUAUGUUUGUGAAUGCAAGAAACAAGGAUGACGAAGAAAUAGUCACAUUAAAGAAGCAGUUGGUAGACGUUGCAUUAGAACAUCCUCGCUGUGGAGAACCGAUGCCAACCAAGUUUGUACCUCUGGAAUUUCAACUAGCAAGAAAAGUAGAGGAAAGCAAGAAAAUACUUACAAUGGAUGAACUGAAUGACAUUAACAAGCAAAACGACAAAAUGGCAUUAACCCCUGCUCAGCUUCAAACAUUUCUAAAGGUUAACCAUGCUCUGGGAAAACUGAUCUACUUUGAUGAAGCAGGCCUGAGAGAUAACGUUAUAAUAGAUCCUGUGUUUUUGGUUGAUGUACUACGUUCCAUUGUCACUGAUGAACAGUUUUGGCCAGCGCACCUCAAAGAAAUGUUAAAAGCUCUCAAAGAAAGCGGAAAACUGUUGAAACAGGACUUAUAUGAAAUAUGGAAGCAAGACUGUUUUCGUGAGGUCUGGGCACAUAACGAUUACAUAGUAGAUAUGUUAGUUCAUUUGGACAUUAUUUGCAGACAAAAAGACGAUGAAGCUGGAUCAGACUUUUUUUUGGUGCCAUGCAUGAUUAGUACCAAAAGAGAAGAGAGCCAACAGAUAGACCAUAACAGAAGCAUCCAUCUGGCUUAUAGGUUUAAGGAGGAAGUUGUACCACCAGCUAUUUUGUACAGGUUCAUUGCCACCUUCAUAUCAAUGUGGAAGUUACGGGUCAGUGCUAAAACCAGUCGUUCGAUGCUCUUUACAGACAGUGCUGAUGUUACAAUUGACGGGGAACACGAUAUGAGAUUUGACAUUCGGGGAAACAGAUUUAUAGUUUCUCUUUCACACAAAGAAAACAAAAUCUCCAUUGUACCAACAAUUGCAUCUACAGCUCAGGAAUGCCUCACACAUGCUAUCACAAACAUUUCCAAUUUCUAUUUCUCAGUUUCAGAGGAUUCUGAUUGUACUAGAGAUUUGCCGUUUACCAUUCAGAUUGGUAUAGUUUGCGGAACAGACCUUUGCUUUUUUGACCACACAUUGUCAUCAAAGGAGGAAUGGACAUGCACAGAACACAAGAUAAAACACAAAACAAAUGCUGUGUCAAUAUGGUUUGCAGACAAGUUACAUACAAAAGAUGACAGAUGCACUGAAGAUUGCCCUGGCUUAGACAAGGUAUGGUUAGACCGUCAGCCUGAGGACAAACACCUCGGACGACUGGCAGCUAAACUAACACAUGAAGACACAAGGAAAAUAUAUAUGCGUUUACAAGAAGUCGAACCAGCUCUGCAAUGGGACAUUAUCAACGAAUCAAGCAAGAAAGGAGGGUUCAAUAUCAAGAUUAACGCUCUAUAUGAUUGGAAGAAGAGUUCAAAAUAUGCCUCAUUUAAGAAGCUGCAACAGAGUAUGAAGAAUGAAGAUAUACACAUUCACAAAUUAUGUCAGAUUUCAAGAGAGGUUAAAAAAGAGUUUGACCAACCAAGAGACAAGUUGCAACUUAGACCAUCAGAUUCAAAUAUACAGAAACUGCCUGAUCAUAUUGGUAAUCAAACAUUCCAGCUUGGAAUAGAACUUGGACUUUCUGUUGUUGAGAUGCAACAGAUUGAAAGCAACCAUGUGACAAAUCUUCGUAGCCAAACAGAGGAGGUCCUUAACAAAUGGAAGAGACUUCCAGAAGCUACAUAUGAAGUUUUAGAGAAAGCCCUUCAUCGCCUUCAAUUGUCUAGUGUGUUAUCAUACUUAACAUAUGAAGACGGAUUAGAAGAGAAAGUGGAAGUAGGAUUAGAGGAGAAAGUAGAAGUAGGAUUAGAAGUUAAAGUGGAAGUAGGAUUAGAGGAGAAAGUGACAGAGAGAAUCAUACACGACAUACAAAUCAGUCAGAUUUUAGAUUAUAUGAUGUCACAUUUGGUAAUAUCAUCAGAUGACAGACGAAGCAUUGAACAACCUGUUAGACAAGAUGAUCAGAAUAAAGCAUUACUUGAAGUAGUGAACAAGAGGGGAGAGCCUACCUAUUCUAUGUUUGUUGAUGCACUACGAACAAGUGGAUACACAGAUCUAGCAAAUGAUUUGAAAUGUGAAUCACAUGAAGAAGGCUCAAGUGCAGCAUUAGUACAUACUGAAAACAUGGAAAAUAAAGGGUUGUCAAAUUGGACUGUUCCGAUGUAUAAAGUUCGUCUACAAAAGAACUACUCAAACAUUAUUGACAGUAUACAGCAUGAGAAAAUAGUCGAUCAUCUGAUAUCACGUGAUGCGUUGACCAUAGCUGAUAGUCAAAUGAUAAAUGCUUGUCCAGCACAAAUACAAAAGAACAGGAAAUUAAUGGACAUACUUUUGCAUGAAAGUGAACAUGAAUUUAUUGAAUUUAUCAAAGCUCUACGAGAAGACUCUGUAUAUGCAGAACUGGCAGAUGAAAUAGAAAACACAACAGUCGCAAGCAGAGAUAUAUCAACCAUUAAGAGUUGUUUCAAAUGAACUGAAAGAGAAGACAAGAUAAAAUACCUGAAACGGAAACCACAAAGUAUCGUCAAAGUCUUUUUAUCAACAUCUCCUUGUUGGACACCAAUGAAUAAAGAAGAUGAUGAUUGGAGGGAGACGUACAUAAAUUAACCAAAGCAUUAUAACCCGAUUAAAUGUGGACCAAUAUUUGUACCCUUAUAUUAUGUAUUUUUGGGUUAACAACUGAUAAUAAGAAAAUUUGAAAUAUUUAUUUAUAAUAGCUAUAAUGUCGAGCUCUCAUGGUAGAAUUUAAAAGGUAUUUUAAUUUUAUGCUAAUUUUUGAUAAUAGUGUUUACCUGUAUAUUUAUGUUACCUGUAACUUAUCAUAUUGACCAAAAUUCCGGGAAGAGUAUAUUUUUGUAUUGUAGUCAUUUGUUUUUUGUUUUUUUUUUUUAUAUUUGCAAAGAUAAUUUAAAAUGUAUUUUAGUUUGUAAGUUAUUGAAUUUCAACUUUAAGGUUUAUAAAAUUAGAUUAUUUAAGUGUAGUUAUAUAACAUAACAUAUAUCAAAUGUGAAGUUUUCGGGCAGAAUUAAUAGACAUGUUAGCAGUAUGUCUGAUACCUAAGAAAGCCAACAGAUGCAAUCGACUUAAAACCAAACAUGAAUACCAGUGAUGUUUGACCCUUCCACAGAUAGUGUGGCAGAAACCUAAUACUGUGAAGGACAUAGACACUAAGGUGUUGAUAAUAUGACAGAAACUGUUUACGUUUAUAGUUAAACCUUUUACCAUGAAGGUUACAGUACAGACUCUAAGGUGCAGAUAGCUUGGCAGAAGGAAAAAUCUUCAAAGGAGAGAACUUAUUUUCUAAUGCUAUCUUCAGUUUAAAUUAAUACGAGCCAGUGUUAUCCCUGUGUGUCCUUUCGGAAACUAUUGGACCAUGCAAUUCGAAUCAAAAUCGAUAGAAAUUAUUUAAGAAAGGUCUUGUUUAAUGUUCUCUUUUUUGCUGUUUAAAUCAAAUGAAAAGAAUGUCUGCCUUCGGAUAGCAGGGGAUGUAUGGCAAACUUUGAUCGGGUGAUUUUUCUUUAUUCUUCUCUGAGUGUACAAGGGAAUUGUUUUUAUCUGUCAGAAAUUAAUCAGGUGAAGAGCCUUUGUUAAUGAUCAUCAUUUGUUAUUUAUUAGAUGGCAAACGUGAAACCAUUGGUUGUACAGUACGCAAAUCUGUCAAAUCCUACACCUGCUGUGAAUAUUCCAACAAGAAGUUGUGUGUUCUUGUGUCUCAAUCUUUAGCAUGUUAUGUUGUGUCUUGGGACAUAUUCAGUUUUCUUGCGGUUUAUAUUUUUGUAGUGGCGUUGUCAGUUUGACUUCGAUGUGUGUGAUUUGAAUGUCUCCUUGGUAUAUUUUGGCGCGUUGUAUUGCAUGGCUCUCUAGAAAUGGUGUCCAUUUGAUGAGAUAAAGAAUUUGACCACCAGAGGCAAUCUUCAGUUCUGAUUGAAGAAGAACAUUAACAUCAGACAAACACUUUUUAAUUCAAAUAGAUAAUACACAACCAAAGAAGGUGUUGUUUUAUUCUUAUGGAUGACAAACUCAACCACUAGGGGUAAUCUUUUAUUUUUGAUGAAUAAAAAACUCAACCACCAAGGGGAAUUUGGAAUUUUACUGGACGAAGAAGAACUCAACAGAAAGGGGCAAUUUUGUAUUCUUAUGGACGAAGAACUCAACCACCAAGGGCAAUCUUUUUAUUUCAUGGAUGAAAAACUUAACCACCAGGGGCAAUCUUGUAUUCUGAUGGACAAAGAACUCAACCACCAAGGGUAAUCUUUUAUUCUUAUGAAUGAAGAAUUCAACCACCAGGGGCAAUAUUUUAUUCUUAUGGAUGAAGAACUUAACCAUCAGGGUCAAUCUUUAGAGUUCAUCGACGAAAACAUUGACACCGGAGGCAAAUUUUAAUUCUAAAAGACAACACCACCACAAGCAAUUUUUACUUCUAUUGCUGAAAAGUUAGGCUACUAGAUGCACCUUUUUUAUUCUAAUUGAUUAAAAACAAGACAACCAGAGGCUAUUUGUUAUUUUAUUGCUGACAAACGAGACCACCAGAUGCAACUUUUAUUUCUAUUAACUGAUGAAGAACUCACCCAACUGAUGCGAAAUUCAGGUUUAUUGCUUAUUUUGUGUGUGUUUUUACAUGUCUCUUUGACAAAUAUCUUAUAUUGCAACCAUUGUAAAUAGGAGUGUGAACUGAAUUAUAUUGUAUAUAUAUAUUUUGCAGUAUAUUUUUUUUUUGUUACACAUGAAUUACAUUGUCACUUUGUUUUGUACUUAUUAAUUGACGUAGCUUUUUUGCAACUAACACAUGUAACAGUUAUCAUGAUUAGUUGAAGGUACAUACAGAUAAUAUUUAAUAGUAUGUAAUUUAUCAAGUGGUGUCUUAACUUUUUUUGUCAACGUAAAAUGCAGGCGUCUUUAGUAAAACCGGCAAAAUACAGUGUGUGCACUCUUGUUAAACUGUGAAUGAAAAAUCAUUGCAACAUUUUUUUUAUAUGUAAAGCUUGUUGAAGAAGUGAACGAGGGUUACAUUUCAACAUCAAUGUCCCAUAUACUUUCAAAUUUACAAAUACCUCAUCGUACAUGUAUUUGUUGGUUAUAAACUUUCGGAAAGUAUGUUUUAUCAACUGUUACACGAAAAAUGUCUUUUCCGAAAUAAGAAACGAAACUGGCUGGACAUAAGAUUUUUUUAAACUGUGCUCCUUGUAUAGUAACCUUUGUCAGUCAUACAUAGUAUGAUAUAUUAGAGUUGUACGUUGUUCUUCACCAAGAGACUUAAAUAUGUCAAGGGACGCAUAAUUUGUCAAGGAAUCAUGAAAACUGUCCGAAAGACACAUAGAGUAAAUUUAAACAUAUGACGCUUAUCUAGUUAUCCUAUGAAAAUAAAACCAACAAGUUAUACAUGCGUCCGAAGCUCUUUUUUCGGCUUUACUUUCAUCAGGCAGGCUCAAAGUCGAAUAUUUGAAAACCAAGGAUGUAUAAGAACCGAAACAGUUAAAGAUCUAUAUGACCAAACCGACAUAAACAUAUCCAAAUUCACCUAAGGUCAAUUAUGCCUGAUGAGUUGAAACCUUAAAGGAUUAAAUGUGGUCUGUAUGAUAUUUGUGAUAUUUGUGAAAAUGGAACUUAAGUUCGUGAUAACAAAUCAAAAAUACUAACAGGCAUAUAUAUUUAAUGAGUUUAAAUACGUCACUGUUUGUGGUACCUGUGAUGUCGUUAAAGAAAGAUGUCCGUUGUUAUUUUGCGGUUUACAUGUUGUAAUGUACUAUUAUAUUAUUUAUGUAUGCGUUUCUCUCUGUUGAGUGUUCUUGCGUUUGUUUGUACUAUGUUCCUGUCACGUAGUGUUGUCAUUUUAGCGAUAUUUUUUAACAUAGCCAUAUAAGCGGGAAGUUUGGCUAGCCAUAAAACCAGGUUCAACCAACAAUUUUUUUUUAAAUGUCCUGUACCAAGUCCGGAAUAUAGCAGUUGUUAGUUGAUGUGUUUCCCGCGGUUUUGGUUUGUAACCCGGAUUUUUUUCUCUCAACCGAUUAAGGUAGAUUUCAACCCAGUCAAUCAACCUGUUUAAUUAAGAUAGAUUGAAUCACAACACAUACGGUUCUGUGCUUAUAUCUUUAGACUGCAUUGAAGAACUAUGAUUUUCUCGACAAGCAAUAACAACUGAAGAAAUGAUCCAUAUGCUCACUCAUUUAUUGUUUAUGUUAUAAGUUAUUCAUUGUUUGAAACAUCACGAACCUUAUAUGUAUGUUGAUUGUAUGCAAGUUAUUCUUUAUUUGAAUCAAAAUGUUUUAUGUGUUUUCCUUUGCUUUUAGUUAUUCAUUAUGAAUCAUAAUUUUUGUUCAUUUACAUAUCAUGUAUAUAAUUAGUUCGGUAUUGCAAUAUGGACCUUCAAUUUAUAUGUUUUUGUGUAUGAGCUUUUCAUUAUAAUUGCAAAAAGUGCAUGAGUUAUUUAUUUUUUGUAUCGAAGCCUUGUUCUUUUAAUGUCUUUGUAUUUAGGAUAUUCUUUAUUUGAAUGGGGACUAUACAUGUGUACGUCAAUCAUUCAUAUUUUUCUGUAUAUAAGAUAUUCUUUAUUUGAAUAAGGACCGUACAUGUGUAUGCAAUGCAUGAAUAUGACUGUGUAAAUAAGUUAUUCUUUAUUUGAAUGGGGACCAACUAUGUGUAUUUCAUGCAUUCAUUUGACUUUGUUUAUAAGUUAUUCUUUAUUUGAACGGGGACCACACAUAUGUAUGCCAUGCAUUCAUUUACAUUUGUAUAUAAGUUAUUCUGUAUUUGAACGGGGACCACACAUGUGUAUACCAUUAGUUCAAUUGUAAUUGUAUAUAAGUUAUUCUUUAUUUGAACGGGGACCACACAUGUGUAUGCCAUGCAUUCAUUUGCAUUUGUAUAUAAGUUAUUCCUUUUUUUGAAUUUGGGACCUUACAUUUAUAUGCAUUGCUAUCUCUUUUUUUAUAAGUUUUUCAUUAUAUGCAUAAAAACCUUGCAAUUAAGUUUUUUUGUAUGUACAUGAUACCUCAUUUGAAUCUGGACCUUAUAUUGACAUUUUGUUGUAUAUAUCUUAUACAUUAUUACAAUCCGGAGCUUACAUUUUUAUGUUUAUCAGUACCUCCUUAUUUGAAUCAAGACCUUAUAUUUUAAUUUUUAUAAAAGUUAUACUUUGUUUGAAUUAUUCAUAGAUAUAAGAAAAUGUGGUAUGAAUGCCAAUGAGACAACUCUCAAUCCAAAUCACAAUUUGUAAAAAGUUAACCACUAUAAGUCAAAGUACGGCCUUCUACACGGAACAUUGGCUCACACAUACAUGCUUUAUCCUUUGUUAUUAACUUAAAUAUAAUUUGAAUUAGGAUUACAUUUAUUCUCUGUUGUAUAUAACUUAUUCUUUAAUUUUUCUGCUAUUUUAAUAUAACAUUUCUUGAUCGGUGUGAGAAAAAUAUUUCUCCUCACUAGUUAAAUAUCUAUUCUCGGCAAAUGACUGGUCGAAAUUUAAUUAUGACGUCUAAUUUUCUUGGUUUCAUCUGAAUUUCCUAUUGUGACGUCAUGAAAAAAAGGCGACCAUGCCUAAUGACGUCACAUAUAAAGAACACAACUGUGCAAAUCUUUUAAAAGGAAGGAUAAAAAUCAUUAGAGAAACAGAUUCCACCACUAUAACUCGUGUAUUACGAUAUUUCCCCACUUUCAACAGUAAAAUUCUAAGUAUUUAAAAAGUUCGGCAAACCUCGCGCUUUAAAUAUUAAAAUUUAACUGUCUCGAGUGAAGAAAUAUCGUAACACACUUGUUGCAGUUGUGGAAUCUAUAUUUCUUUAGAAAUUUAGUGUUGUAAAUGUGUGUAUUCUGUCUGUAAUGUGCAGGAUAGUGAUUAACCUAUGUCAUUCUCAAAAUGUUCAAUAUUAUACUGUGUACCAGAGUUACCACCAUCUCGAAGAAUUUCAGACAGACAUCAAGAACAAACAAAAAUAAUAUAUGGUCACAGUUAUAGUAUUUAUACAAUGUUCAAAUAAGAUUUGUGAGCCAGUUUCUUAGAAGCACAUAUUCGACCUACGACAUGGUUCUAUGAAUGGCGUGUGCAUCUUUAGAUAACAAGCAAAAGUUCACAACUUAAACAGUCCAUGUUAUUUAUCAGAAAUACCUAAUGCUGACAGUUAUAACGGAUAUCAUGUGAAUGCUGCUUCCAUCUUACUUAACGUUUUAUUGAACAGCGGUAUACUACUGUUGCCUUUAUUUAUCAAUGUAUGUGUAAAUGUAAUUUGUCCAUUUAAAAAGCUAAAAUUUAAAAAAAAAAAAAUCAAGGAGCAAGGCACAUUAUACUUAUCUUAAAAAGAGAGCUGAAUCUAGUGAUAUACUUUAUAUACUGGCCAUAACUUAAACAUGUCAAUGCUGUUCAUUAAACAAAUGCACGGAUGACCUACAAAUAACAUUUUGUUCAUUAAUUCAAUAAAUGUACAACAUGAAGUUGUGGUAUCUAGUACGAGCUUUACAUACCGGUAAUCAAUAUAUGCACAACAAGUAGUCAAAAAACAUAUGCUGAAUGCUUACCACGCCCCUCUUGUUGAGAGGUGCACAUACUUCCACCUGUCCACAGUGGUUGUCGUAUGUCUUAUCUGACUGUUCAUUUGUAUUUUAAAAUUGAAUUAUUUGCAGUUUAAUUUACUCACAACUUGUAUAGACCCGAGGUGAUUAAAGCUUGUAAUCGUGUAAAGACAUCUGUCUAUCCUUGAAGGCUGUGUGUUGCCCCGGCUAAUAUUGAUACAACCCCAUCUUUUAUAAUUACCCAUCAAUGUUAUAUAGUUUAACAAAAUCAAAUGUUAUCAUUAACGGAACAAGUGAAACACGACUGCUAUAAUCCUGACUUGGUACAGGCAUUUUCCGAUAAAAAGGGUAGUUUAACCUGGUUUUAUAUCUAUGUAAACCUUCCAAUUGUAGGAUAAAGAUAUGAUCGUUUUUUUCAGUGUAUUUAAUAUUGACAUAUGUACUACUUGUAUAUGAUAUUAAUUAUUUGCUUAUGUUUAUAUAUGUUCUGUAACAUUAUUUUCCUGACUAUAAAGUAUCAACCACUA